GACUGCAGACAUUGGUCUCCACAGGACUCUUCCCUGCUGGUCAGCAAUGUAUCCGCCUGCUGUGGUGAAGAACAGGAAGAGAGUUUCUUUGGAGCCCUGGGUUAUUGGCCUCAUCACCUUUAUCUCCCUGAUUGUCCUGGCAGUGUGCAUUGGACUUACUGUUCAUUAUGUGAGAUACAAUCAAAGGAAGACCUACAAUUACUAUAGCACAUUGUCAUUUACAAGUAACAAACUGUAUGGCGACUUUGGAAGAGAGGGUUCUAAAAAUUUCACAGAAAUGAGCCAGAAAAUUGAAUCAAUGGUGAAAGAUGCUUUUCAUAAAUCUCCAUUGAGGGAAGAAUUUGUCAAGUCUCAGAUUAUCAGGUUCAGUCAAGAGGAACAUGGAGUGUUGGCUCAUAUGCUGCUGAUUUUUAGAUUUCGCUCUACUGAGGAUCCUGCAACCACUGACAAAAUUCUUCAACGUGUUCUACCUGAAAAGCUGCAAGAUGCUGUAGGACCCCCUAAAUUAGAUCCUGAAUCAGUUGAAAUUAAAAAAAUCAACAAGACAGAAACAGACAACUUUCUGAACAAUUGCUGUGGGACACGAAGGAGUAAAACUACAAGUCAGAGUCUCAGGAUCGUCGGUGGGACACAGGUAGAAGAGGGUGAAUGGCCAUGGCAAGCUAGUCUGCAGUGGGAUGGAAUCCAUCGCUGUGGAGCAACUUUAAUUAAUAGCACAUGGCUUGUGAGUGCUGCUCACUGCUUUAGAAUGUAUAAGGACCCAGACAGAUGGACUGUUUCCUUUGGAGUAACAAUAAAACCUCCAAAGAUGAAGCAAGGCCUUCGAAGGAUAUUUGUCCAUGAAAAAUAUAAGUACCCAUCACAUGACUACGAUAUUUCAGUUGCAGAGCUUUCUAGCCCUGUUCCCUACACAAAUGCAGUACAUAGGAUUUGUCUCCCUGAUGCAUCCCAUGAGUUCCACCCAGGCAAUGAGAUGUUUGUGACAGGAUUUGGAGCACUGCAAAAUGAUGGUGGUAGUCAAAAUCAUCUUUGGCAAGUACAAGUGGAUCUCAUAGACACUCAAACCUGUAACGAACCCCAAUCUUACAAUGGUGCCAUAACUCCUAGAAUGUUAUGUGCUGGCUUCUUGAAAGGAAAAAGAGAUGCGUGCCAGGGUGACUCCGGAGGACCACUGGUUAGUCCAGAUGCUAGAGAUAUCUGGUACCUUGCUGGAAUAGUGAGCUGGGGAGAUGAAUGUGCACAACCUAAUAAGCCCGGUGUUUAUACUAGAGUGACUGCUUUCCGGGACUGGAUCCGUUCCAAAACUGGUAUCUAAGAGAGAAAACCCUAGUAGAAUGGAGCACAUUUUUGUGUAUGGGCCAUUCUCAGAGAUACAGAAUCACAGAAGUCUUGCAGGUCCCUUGGAUCUGACCCAUCUAACUAAACUGUCUGCUUUAUAUUUCCUUCCUAGCUCUGCUCCACACUGAGCAUCCUGUUUCUGCAGAUAGAUUCUGUCCCACUUUGCAUUCAUUUGUUUUCUAGAAGUUUUGUCAUCAAAAUUUUGGCUUGUUGACAUAAAUUUCUUAUGCAUAUCUACAAUUUGAAGUGAUUCCUUCUUUCAUUUCCCCAGUUUCUCUCAUCUUAGUAAAUCUCCACUUUUAAGGUGCAGGACAGAGUGAAAGGAAAUGUAAAAAGGAAAGAGCUACAUUUUUAUGUACAGAGUAUUAGGAGGUUUUUUUCCUUAAUGGAAUAAGGAAAAUGAUCACAUUCAUUAUGACAGGUCAAGCAAACUGACUUCAGAACACCAAAUACUUAAUGAUGGAGAAAGAAUGGGAAUUAAGGAAAUGCACAGAAACCAAGAUAUAGUUUUAUUUUCAUUUCUAGCUAACAACUACAGAGAUAAACGUGGGGAUGAUUCUGUUUUCCUGUGGCCUACAAUAAUUAUACAAACUCUAUAUAAUGUACUUGUUCUAAGUUAAAGCAAAUAAUAUUUAUUUAAUAUUGUACUGUUGAAGAUAUCAAUAUAUAAUAAUAAAAAUAUCCCUUUGCUUG